AUGGAUACGACAGCAUCUGGUCUCAACUAUGCAGAUUAUCCUGUGAUAGUUGGAAUCGAUUUUGGCACUACAUUCUCGGGCUGUUGUUACGCAUUCACCCAAAACGAAGAAGUGAUUGAUAUCGUCAAAUGGCCCAGACAGAACAACCAUGUCUAUCCAAAGACACCCACCCUAUCGUUGUACCGCAAAGGAUCGACUCAGUUAGUCGACUGGGGUCAUGGUGCCCGUCGCCAGGCCAUGAAACCAAACAGUGUCGAUUUUAUCCUUUUGUCUAAAUUUAAGCUCUAUCUUGAUGAAUACCUUCAACAAGAAUCACUUCCAAACGGCCUCAACGUGAUUGAUGUUAUCGCUGAUUAUUUGCGUGAAUUUCACUCACAUGUUUGCACCGAGCUUCUCAAAGGAUUUGCAGGCAAUUACGAUCAGAGCAAAUUCCGUUAUUGCUUGACUGUUCCUGCCAUGUGGAGUGAUCGUGCAAAGGCCGCAAUGAGAGAGGCAGCUAUUCGUGCCGAUCUCAUCCAGAGAUCAGACCAUCCAGAAAGACUUAUGUUGAUUUCAGAACCCGAGGCCGCAGCAUUGUACUGUGAGAGAAAAUCUGAACAAUUUAACCUUGUUCACGGCCAACGUUUUAUGAUCUGUGAUGCUGGUGGUGGUACUGUGGAUCUGAUUGUUUUUGAAAUUGAUCAACAAUCAAGCGGAAAGCGUACACUUAAGGAAGUAACUAAUGGUCAUGGUGGAUCUUGUGGUUCCGGGUUCUUGGAUCUGAGAAUGCGAGAGUAUAUUAAGCGCAAGUUCACACACCGUGGUAGUAUCAAUGACUCUGCCAUGGAACAUAUCAUGGAUACAUUUGUGAACAUCAUUAAACCAGAGUUUGAUGGAUACGAAGACCAUUUCCUUGACUUGCCUGCCUCCAUGGGUCUUGGUGACCUGACAGAUGAGGAUAUUGGUCUCGAGAAUGGCUCCCUUUGUCUUCCUGCCCAUGAGCUGCGUGACGAAGUGUUCGAACCUGUGAUUACACAGGUGCUCGACCUCAUCGAUGGCCAGCUCAACCAGUCUCCAAAUCUUGAAGCCAUCUUCCUGGUCGGUGGUUUUGGUCAAUCAAACUAUCUCUUCCGUCGUGUAGAAGAAGCCUUUGCAAACCGUGUGGGUAUGAUUGGUGUGCCUCCCAGAGGUGAACUCGCUGUCGUCCGUGGUGCGGUAUACUUUGGUCUGAACCCUCAGAUUGUAACAGAGCGAGUGUCUCGAAGAACAUAUGGCGUAGAGACCCGUAUGCUCUUCCAAAACGAACUCGAUCCCCCAGAAUAUUCUGUUGUCGGUGUCGACCAAAAGACCUAUUGUCGCCAGCGCUUUAGUGUUUAUGUACAAAAGGGCCAGAGUGUAAAGGUUGAUGAGCGGGUGUCAAAGAACUUUAUGAUCAGUUACCCUAAUGAUACAGAUUCUGACUUGUUUGCAUUUGAUGGUGAAGGCCCACCACCACGUCUGACAACUCACCAGCUCAUUAAAAAGGUUGGCCACUUCCCCAUUCGUAUGCCUACGUUGGAAAAUGUCCGACCAGGUGAUAAGGUCAACAUGACAAUCGACAUGUACUUUGGUUUGACAGAAAUCAAAAUCGAGUGUACCAUUCAAAACAAGAAGUUUGUCUUCACAUCUUCAUUUGAUGCCAUGGACUCGUUUUCGGGACCUGAACAUGGUGGCACUCCGUAUGGAGCCUAUGCACAGACGCCACAGCAGCCACAGCAGCUGCAGUCGCAAUCCCAGGAUCCAUAUGGCGUGAAUGAGCUGACCAAUACCGCGAGCCAAUUAUCUAUCCACAACCCACCUGGUGGAUAUCCUUCUCCAUACGGACAACCCGGUCCGGCCUUAUCGAAUGCCUCCCUUUCUCAACACAGCUACAUGCAACAGAACCAAAACCAGCCCCACCAACCUUCAUCUACUGGUGGCUACCCACCUUCUAACAUGAUGGGAAAUAUUCCUCAGGGCUACCAUCGCAACAACAGUGGACCUUAUCCCCCUGUCCAGUCACAACAAAACUCGGAGUAUUACCCAUCCUAUUCCCAUUCUCAAGCAGGUGGCUACCCUCCUGCACAACCGUAUUACAACUAUCCAUCUCAGUCUAACCAACCUUCAGGAUACAGUACGAGUGGAUAUAGUCAGCACUAACUAACCAACUAACCAGCCAGCCAACCAACUAACUAACUAAGUAAUACACAUCAUUUAAGUCUCCUUCGCCCGCCUUCCGCCCUCUGUAUUUCUUUUAUCAUGCCCGUUAUAUAUCUUUUAUAUUUAAAAAUACAUUAUUUUUCCCUUUUAAACACAAC